UCUCAACGGUUGAAGAUUUUUGGAGUGUUUACAAUAACAUACACCAUCCGAGCAAGUUGGGCAUUGGAGCAGAUUUCCAUUGUUUCAAGCAUAAAAUUGAACCAAAAUGGGAGGAUCCUGUUUGUGCUAAUGGAGGGAAGUGGACAGUAACCUUUGGAAGGGCAAAAUCUGAUACUAGCUGGUUGUAUACGUUGUUGGCAAUGAUUGGGGAGCAAUUUGACCAUGGCGAUGAAAUAUGUGGAGCUGUUGUGAAUGUACGAAAUAGGCAGGACAAAAUUUCUAUCUGGACCAAGAAUGCUGCCAAUGAAUCAGCCCAGGUUAGUAUUGGGAAGCAAUGGAAGGAGUUUCUGGAUUACAAAGACGCAAUUGGUUUCAUCUAUCAUGAGGAUGCGAAGAAACUCGACAGGAACGCCAAGAAUCGUUACACGGUGUAAGUCUUGACUUCGAAAUCAGUUGAAUGCUGGAUAUUAUCCAUACAAAAUGUUCCCAGUAUUAUAAAAUCUUAUGUUAGCUAGUUGUUCGGUGGUUAAUAUAACUUGGAGCUGCCUUUUUGCUUGGUGAAAUGUAUUUCUGUAGCGUUAUUACCCUACUUUUCAUCUUUUGCGGUGUUAUUGCACUUCUUUUCGUUCUCUCUCAUGUAGUCAACCCUUUUGGUCUUGUGUCUUGACCACCAAAUUGUGGGUGAUGGAUGUAUACCAUGUUGGGAACAAGUUCUUUAGAAUUGAUUGUGAAAAGAAUUAUGAAUCGUCCUUGUUGAAUCAGAAAUUGGAUAAAUGACACUAGCUUAGAGUGGAUAAUGG